CUUUAGAGGUGUCAGUUGGCAGCUAGUAUGGCGGGGUUAGUUCCUCGGGGCAGUCUCAACAAUAUUCUGUGAGUGGCGCAUCAAUUGGCAGCUCUCAAAAAGUUCUACCUUAUGCUGGCCGCAGUGCCCUUUCCAUCCACCCCACCGGCGGCGGGCACCACUGGUCCGUCCAGUCCGUAUUCCGCAGUACCUAGCCUCUUUCUUCCUCCCCUCCCCCGAUCUGGCAGUUUUAAGCCCCUCCCGAGUCCUCCGUCUAGCCCGGACUAUUAAUACGAAUUGCAGAACCCGGUCGACUUCUUCUCUUUCUGCGCUGCUCAAACAUCCUUGUUAUCAAUCCAGACGACGCCUCAUCCGUCCCUUCCCACCUCCUCCCAUCUCAACCGUCCUUUUCGCGUCUUCGCAUCGCCGGAACUCCACCAUGGCCAGCGUCAGCGUCAUCGAAGCCGCAAAGCGCGCCGCCGGCAAGGCGGCCGUGGAGAACCACUACCCCAAGGACGCCAAGUUCGUCGGCAUCGGCAGCGGGUCGACCAUCGUCUACGUGGUCGAGGCCAUCAAGGAGUCCGGGGUCGACACCUCGGCGACCAAAUACGUGCCUACGGGCUUCCAGUCCAAGCAGCUGAUCCUGUCGGCCGGGCUGACGGCCGUCGACUUCGACUCACUCCCGGAAGGCACGGUGCUGGACGUGGCCUUCGACGGCGCCGACGAGGUGGACGACGAUCUCAACCUGAUCAAGGGCGGCGGGGCUUGUCUCUUCCAGGAGAAGAUCGUGGCUCUGCAGGCCAAGGAGUUCAUCUGCGUUGCUGACUCCCGCAAACUCCAAUCGCGCCUCCUGUCCAACUGGAAGUACAUCCCCAUCGAAGUCGCCCCGAUCGCCGCCGCUCGCGUCCUCACGGCCCUCCGCGAGAUCGGCAGCAUCCAGCCCGCGCUCCGGCUGAACACCGACCCCAAGCAAGGCCCUUUGAAGACUGACCAGGCGUUCUACAUCAUCGACGCCCCCUUCCCGACGCUGUUGACGCAGUCCGACGUCGCGGCCGGCAAGGAAGGCAGCGGGAAGGACGGCAUCUGGGAGGUCGAGGCCCUGUCGCGAGCGAUCAAGCAGAUCCCCGGUGUCCUGGACGUCGGGAUCUUCUCUGGCCUGACGGGCCCGCAGGCCCGGGCCCUGGGCGGCGUUGGCGGGCAGAAGCCCAUUGCCGCCUACUUCGGGAUGCCGGACGGUUCUGUCUCCGUCAGGAAGGCGGCCGCAUGAGUGGAUUUCUGUAAAAAAUCCCAUGUAUGACGAUUUACUCCAUUGAUAAGAUAUAAAAUGAUACCACUUGAACAUUUAGC